AUCCAUUUCAACUUACAUUCAAUCUCAUUCCUUCAAGAACUCAAUACAAACAUGUCUCAAGUCAAAGAAAGUUUAUCAAUAGAAGAAACCAACAAGAUCAGAGUAUCACUAGGAUUAAAACCAUUAAAAGUACCCGGUUCAAAUGAAACUUCAAAACUCGAAAACGAAUUAACAUCAGAAGAGAAAGGAGAAAUCAAUUAUAAACGUAGAAAAGAAGAAGAAUCAGAAGCCAAGAAGACCAAAGAGAUUCAAGAAAGAAUUCUAAGAGCAAAAAACAAACGAGAACUUUCAUCUAAAUUAAAAGGUAGAGGGUUAGGAGAAUUAUUGGUAGGAGAAGAAGAAACAGAUGAUUUAAAGAAAUGGGUUAAGAAACAAAAGAAACAAUCAAAGAGAUUAGCAGAGGAAGCUAUUAGAAAAGAAAAAGAGAUUGCAGAACAAGAAGUGGCUAGUUAUGGAGAAAAUGAUCUUUUAGGGUUGAAAGUGGCACAUCAAGUUGAUGAAUUCGAACAAGGAGAUGAAGUGGUCUUGACUCUUAAAGAUAAUCGAAUCUUGGAUGAAGAAGAUGAUGAAUUAGAAAAUGUGAAUAUGAAAGAAGCUGCAAGAGAUCAAGAAUUACUUUCACUUAAGAAGAAAGGAAAAAGUGCAGGACAAUAUACAGGUUAUGAUGAUGACGAGUUUCUUAAUCCUGGUCAAUCUAAUCAAAUCCUUUCAAAGUAUAAUGAAGAAAUUGAUGGUAAGAAAGAAAAAUCGUUUAGACUUGGGGUUGGGAUGAGUUUAGAUGAAUCGGUUAUGGUUCAAAGUACGAGUACAGAUGAUUUGCGAAACAGGAAUUCGAAGGAAAAGACUGCUGAACUUUUGAAAACUGGAUUGAUGAGUUUAGAGUAUACAAAAACUAUUGGUUCAGAUUAUGUACAGGAAGGAGAAACAGGAUUCAAAAAGAUCAAGAAAACUAAAAAGAAAAAGGAAAAAUCGAGUCGAAAACCCACUGCUUUAUUAGAACAAGAUGAAUUAAAACCUUUAUCAAAUCAAAUGGAAAUCGAUUCAACAGGAGGAGUAGAAAAUGCUGUACCUUCAAAACCGAUUGUAAAUGAAGAUAGUAUGAUUGAUGAUGAAGAAAUCCAAGCUGCUAUGUCACGUAUGCGUAGAGAAGCAGGAAAGAUUAGGAAUAAAAGGCAAAAGAAAUUAGAAGAAUUGGAACCUACUUCAAUGGAAGAUGUUCAAGGAGAAAACGGAGUCGAAUUAAAUCUAUCACAACCUAGACUAGAUGAAGAAGAGGAUGAUGAUCCGGAUGCUUUGGUUAUAGAUGAUACAUCAGAGUUUAUUAGAACGAUUAGUUUACAACAAGAAAGAGCUGCAGCAGCACGGAAAAAAGAAGAAUCACAAAUCAACUCAUCAAGAAUCAAAUCGACAAAUUUAGUCAUCGAAAAUCAAUCUCAUCGAGAAGAAUCGGAGAAAGCUGAAUCACAAGUUGAUGAAGAAGAAGAACGUAGGACGAUGGAAAGAUUGAUGGCAGGUGAUGAACCGAUGCAAAUAGAUGGUAAAGCAGAAGGAGAAAUCCUUCCGGAUCAACAAGAUACAUCCGAGUAUGGAGGUACAGGAGCUGAAAAGUAUGUGAGAGGAGGAAUGGCAUCAACAUUAUCAUUACUUAAAUCCCAAGGAUUGAUUAAACCAUUAACACCAGAAGAAAGAGAAAAAGAAAGAUUGUAUAAAGAAAAGACAAGUUGGUUGAUUGAACAAAGAAGACGAGAUACAUUGAGAGAAUUAGAAAAAGAACGAACCAAGAGGAUGGGAGAUGCAAAAGAUCAAGCAACGAGAGAAUAUGAGAAUAGGAUGAGAGAGUCUAUGAUGGCCAAAGAAUCAAUGGAAGCUUAUAAGAAUUAUAAACCUGAUGUUGAAAUUAAAUAUAAUGAUGAGUUUGGUAGAGAAUUAACUCAGAAAGAAGCUUGGAAAGCUUUAUCUCAUAAGUUUCAUGGUAAAGGUAGUGGGAAAGCUAAAACUGAAAAACGAAUUAAGAAGAUUGAAGAAGAGAAAAAACUGGCCGCUAUGGCGUCAGGUGAUACACCUACAGGAACAAAUGAAGCAUUUCGAAAACGACAAGAAAAGUUAGGAUCAGCCACCAUGGUCUUAUCAGUAGGAAACAAAGGAUCAGCCCCACAUCAAGAAGAAUUUCUUUCAUCUUUAACUAAACCCACAACAGGAUCGUCUAGUUCGAAGAAAUCAAAAUCAGAUUCUAAAACUAAAUCACUCGGAUCUAAUACUCAUCAACGUAAACAACAUACAAUUUCGGUUGCACCUGAUUUGAUGAACGGGUUAGGUUCAUCUUCUAAUAGUGGGAUGGGAAUGGAUGGGUUCCUUACUCCUUCUGGGUUGAUGGCUCCUAGAAAAGCUGGGUUUAAACCGAUUGCUAAUCAGAAAAGCUUAUUGAAUUCGGUAUUGGAGUCUAAUCAAAUCAAUUCAAGUAAUCAUCAAUCUAAGUCUAAGAUUUUGAUUGGUUUGAAUGGAAGUGCGAAUGGGAAUGGGAAUGGGAAUGGGAAUGGGAAUGGGAAUGGGAGGGAAGGUAAAAGGAAAGCAGAAGAUGGUGUAGAAGAAAAUGGUAGGAAUAAAAGAACGGGUUGAGGAUCUGAUUUGAUACAUGAAGAACGAGUUGGAUAUGGUUUAAUUGGGUUUCAUUCUUUUUUCUUUGUGUUGUUUAUUGAUUGUAAAAGAAAAUUUAAGUUUGUGAUUGAGAAUUCAUGGUGUUGGAAUUUCAUAUAUAUACAU